AUGGUUUCAAGACAACGAUUUCUAAGAAACAGCCAGUACAAGAAACUGCUGAAUUCAUCAGUUCACACCAGGGAAUCCAGUGAGGAUUUUGAUCCAUGGGAGCUCCACUGGAGGAAAGAGUCUCAUGAAAUGGAAAACGAGUAUACAGGACCAGAAAAGGAGGAGAAAGCUAACAUCAACGCAAAAGUGCUUGAGGAGUUUAACAGAUCCAUCGAAAAGAGAGAAAACAUCGCUUAUUUCGUACGACUUUCAUUAAAAAAGGAACAUGAACCCUUACCUGACAAUAGAGCAUUAGCCUACCAUCGUCUUCGAAGCAUACUUCGCAAGUACGAGAACGAAACGAAACUUCUUCAACAGUAUCAUGAAGUGUUUCAAGACCAGUUGAAAAAGAACAUACGUGAGGAAGUCGAUGAAAGUCACGACUCCUUCACCAAAAUGAGACAUUACUUGUCACAUCAACCUGUGAUCACACCAGAAAAAGACAACACUAAGUUCAGGGUUGUAUUUGAUGCAUCUGCACAUUACAAAAAUUCCCCCUCGCUGAACGAUGUGGUGCACCAAGGGCCAACAAUACUCCCGAAGCUGUAUGGAAUCCUAUUACGAUUCAGCACGGACCAAUAUGUCCUUCUCUCAGACGUCGAAAAGGCGUUUUUGCAAGUGCAUCUACAUGAGAACGACAGAGACUUAACUAGAUGCAUGUGGAUCAGAGAUAUCUCCAAACCACUAUCAGCAGACAAUCUCGUAAUCUACAGAUUCACAAGAGUUACACUUGGGACCAAUUCCUCCCCGUUCCUUCUGAGUGGAACAAUCUUUUAUCACCUAAACAACUACGUUGAGGACAAGACACUGGCUCAGGAGAUCGCCUCGAACCUAUAUGUAGAUAAUCUAGUUGUUUCUACAUCAACUAUCGCUGAAGGAAUUCAAAAAUACAGAAAGCUUAAAGCGAUAUUCAAUGACAUCCCUAUGAAUUUAAGAGGCUUCCUUGCCAACAGCCCUGAGAUCAUGAAUGCCAUACCAAAGGUAGACCGCUCUUCGAAUUUAUUUCCAAAAAAACUGGGCAUUCCUUGGAACUCUCUCACUGACGACUUUAACAUAGCGGUCAAGAUACCAAUGGAUAAGUUUGUGAGCAAACGAACAAUUGCACAACAGAUCGCCUCUGUGUACGAUCCAUUUGGAUGGUUUAUAUCUAUCCUCGUCAAAGCUAAACAUUUCCAACAAAAGUUGUGGAAAGAGCAUUACGAUUGGGAUGAACCACUACAUGAGCACCAUCGAGAGCAAUGGAUUACCAUUGUCAAAACUUUGACCAACUUCCAAAAGCAGGUACCAUGGUUAGUCACACAAUCGACAACAAGUUAUGUCCUAGUAACUUAUUCGGAUGCAAGUACAACUGCUAUGACUGCAUGCACAUAUCUUACCAGCAAUAAUGAUUCCACCUUCCUCAUGGCAAAAUCAAAGGUAGCAGACAACAAACGUUCCAUCACAAUACCGAAAAUGGAGAUGAACGCAGCAUCUAUUGGAGCAAGGCUCACUCUAAACACUUUCCUCAGUCUUCAGUCUUCACUGACUAUUACUGAAGUCAUAUUUCUAACUGAUUCCGAAAUUGUCUUGAAGUGGCUGAAGUGCUCACCACGUCGUCUACUUGCAGGGCCUUACAUAAAGAACCGAAUUCGGGAAGUUCACGAAAUUGUUAGAAAAAUGGAAGAUAUGAAAGUCAAAGUGCAAUUCGGUUACAUUGAUACAAAAUGGAACCCAGCUGACGUGGGAACACGAGGCACAACAGCUCAAGAACUAUAUUCCCAUAUAUGGUGGAAAGGCUACUCAUUAAAAGAUAUUCAAAAUAAUAAGUUUGCAUCCGCCUUCUUCAACCUUCCCUCAGAAGAGGGAGAGGACGAGGAAAACGAAAGAGAAGACUCCCAAGAAGACGUUCUUGUUAAUGCCGAAACGUCAAUUGAGGCAGCUACAGAAAUUUUAAAUCUAGCCGCGUUCAGUGAUAAAAUGAAAGCAGUACGGGUUUUGGCAUACGCGUUACGAUUUAUAAGAAGCAUCGUUUCGCGACUAACAGAAAAACACCGAAAAAAUCUUCAAACUCGACUGCAGUUCGUCAAGGGACCACCAUCAAAGAGCAUUACUUAA